GAAAUUCUAGGUAUGAUAGGAAUCGGUUCUGUAUACUAAGUAAUAUUGGUGUCAUUGAUGUCAUUCACUGUGUCAGGCACUAGGUUCACAUACAGAACGAGAAUAAGCAUGGCAUUCCGACACAUGUACAUAGUGGUACUAAUAUAAAUUGUAGAGGCUAUGGGGGCUUUGGUACUAAGUUGGACACGGUACAUUCAUUUAAGACGUUCUCGCUCGUCCAAUGUACUGGAGGCUUACGCGCGGGCACGGUCAAGUACCCGCCCCGUGUGUACAGUCAUCCCGGGUCCUCGCGGGCUGGCGCGGGUACGGAUAUUGGCGACGCAUCGAGCGGGCGAGGAGAGUGGACGGCGAGCAAGCGUGCAAGGACACGGGCGAUCGCGCGGGCAAGCAGGGGGUGGACAUGCGUGCGCCGUGCGGGCGAUCGCCAGCAACUCGGAGGAGUGAGUGCGUAGACAGAUGAGCGGGCGGCAGGACCUGCCCGCUGCCGGUCGCUGUGCGUAUAAUGGGUACGUGCGGCCUGUGCUGCGCGCGUGGCGUCCACUCGUCGGCCGUCGCUGUGGGUGGGGCAUUUGCCCUGCGCGCUGCUGCUGUCCUACCCUCCUACUCACCUGCCUGCAUGCUCUCGGCCUCGCCCCCACCCGUACCUGCCAUUCGCUCGCUCCCGACCUUGCGCGCGUGGUGUCCGCUCGCCGGCCGUGCUUGCAUGCUGGGCAUUUGCCGCGCCCGUCUGUGGUUGCCGUGCGUGUCGACUGCGCGGGCAGCUCGAUCGCUUGGGUGCGACUUUGCUUGCCUUUGCGGCGUGAACGGGCGGCGGGCAGGCGUGCCGCGUGCACGCCGGGUGUGCGAAUGCGCAAGUGGGCGGUCGAGAGGAGAGGGCGGGUGGGUAUGUGUGCGCCUGCGUGCAGGCGGGCGAGGGGCGUGGUGCACGACCACGACGAGGCCGUCAGUACGCAUGGGCACUGGUCCUAUCUUUGGUGAGCCCGGCUCAGAGAGAUGUUGAUGACGAGACAACAGCAGUUGCUAUUACUAAGUCGUGAACGCGUGAACGCCCGAGUCUCGACU